GAUCAGAAUCAAAACAAAGUCACAUAAUACAGCGAAGAAAACAUUUUUUUCGACCGUGGUUCUUAUUUUAAAACAUUCAUGUUUUAGCUAGCUUGCCAUAUAUCUUUCAGAACUGGAAUUUUACCGGAAGGCCAAUGUUAUCUAUAAGGCUGAUGAUCAGUAGGUUAGGUAAUGAAACGAUUCGACACUGUAUUACCCGGCAAAGACCGAUGGUGGGCGGAUUUCGGACUAGCUCUGUUGACCUGAAGCGAAGGCAGACCGCCGAAGAAAGGAAAGCGCCACGCGUGAUAGAUUUUUCUGCUAAAAACGGCAAAAGCGAUGCAGUUGAUAAAGUGGUGGAUGUUUGGCGUAAUAUGACUGUUCAGGAGCUGGCCAAAUCCUGUAAGUUAAACUUAGAGCACGUGCAGGAGGUAAUGCUAUAUGUUAAAGGGGUGCAAAACAUCGAUGCUGAUGCUAGGAUUGAAGAUCAAAAAAUUAUCAAAGAAAUCGCUAACAAAUGUGGCCUCCGAACCAAAACAGUGGCCGCUCCGGGUUUGGAGAAGCAAAUCGAAAUUAAGGAUAGGGACGUGCUCCCACGGGACCCUCCUGCAGUGGAAAAUCUCUUGGAGAGACCUCCAGUUGUGACGGUAAUGGGCCAUGUCGACCAUGGUAAAACCACUCUCUUGGACUCAUUGCGUGGAGCCUCAGUUGCGGCUGGUGAAGCAGGUGGCAUCACCCAGCAUAUCGGAGCGUUUACUGUAGAACUAGACAGUGGCGAAAAAGUGACAUUCCUGGAUACACCUGGACAUGCGGCUUUCAGUGCGAUGCGUGCUAGAGGAGCUCAUUUGACGGAUAUUAUUGUGCUGGUUGUGGCUGCCGAUGACGGUGUCAUGGAGCAAACCAAAGAAGUUUUGAACCUGGCACGAGAAUGUAGUGUACCGAUUAUAGUAGCCAUUAACAAAAUUGACAAGCCGGGUGCAAACGCAGAUCGAGUGAAAAAGGAACUAGCGCAGCAUGGUGUGGCUCUGGAAGGGUUUGGUGGGGAUACCAUUGCAGUUGGCAUCUCUGCUUUGCAUGGUAUUAAUCUAGAUGAGCUGACUGAGGCAGUCAGUACCCAAGCAACGCUAAUGAAUCUUAAAGGGGAGUAUGUUGGGAUGAUGGAGGGUGUGGUAGUGGAAUCCAAGCUUGAUUCACACCGUGGCAAACUGUCUACUGCGAUAGUGACUAGGGGAACACUAAGAAAAGGUAGCGUUUUGGUAAGUGGUUUGGCGUGGGCUAAAGUUAGGGGGCUCUUUGACCACGCCGGUCAGCCAGUGGCUGAAACUACACCCGGAAUGCCGGUAGAAAUUCUUGGAUGGCGAGAGUUACCAUCCGCUGGGGAUAUCAUUCUGGAAGUAGAAUCGGAGAAGAUUGCUCAUUCCGUGAUGCGAUGGCGAGAAGCACAGGCAAAACACGAAAAAGCUGAGGGUGAUAAAGAUGCCAUUCAAUUGAAACAGUUGCAGCACGAUGAACAGUAUCGUGCCGAGCGGGAGCAGAGGCGACAGUCUGGGUUUUUCCGACGUCGAAACCGAGGACCUCGUCCAAAGGAAUCGGAACCGGAGGAUCCUACACCCCGUGUAAAUGUUAUUAUUAAAGGAGAUGUGCACGGUUCGGUUGAAGCGAUCCUAGAUGUGUUGGAAACCUACGACGGGAAUAAACACUGCCGGUUAGAUGUUGUGCAUUAUGCCGUGGGCGAUGUAACGCAAGGAGAUCUAGAACUGGCGAAACUUUUCAAAGCUAUUAUCUACGCUUUCUCGGUGAAGGCACCUGAAAAACCACCGAAAGGAGUUGAGGUUCGACCAGUUAACAUUAUAUACAGACUUGUAGAUGAUCUCAAGAAGGAGAUUAACGCGAAACUGCCUUUGGUGGAUGUGGAGGAAACUGUAGGAGAGGCCAAUGUGCUACAGCUUUUCGAAAUCAACGAAGGCCGUCGAAAAGUCAACGUCUUAGGAUGUCGAUGUUCAAAGGGUGUGCUAAAGAAAACAUCCAAGUGCAAAGUGCUGCGCAACGGAGAGGUCAUUGCUAACGGAUUGAAGCUAGAAUCUAUGCGACACUUGAAAAAUGAAGUUGAUUCUAUCAAAAAGGACGUUGAGUGUGGACUACGUUUGGAUGACCAGCAACUAGAAGUCCGCGCAGGUGAUACAAUAGUUUGUUAUAAAAUCAAUCAUGAGCCGCAGCAAACUGACUGGGAUCCUGGUUUUUAAAAUGACCAGCGAAAACAAUAAAACUAGAUGAAGGUGCUAUUAUUUGUGUACUUUUAAGUU